AUGUCAGCAUCGGAACACGGUCCGCAUAAUCAAAAUCAACUGCAAUAUGAUGACUUACCUUCCGGUUGUCAUAAAAUGAGUAGUGUUGGAGAUCAGCAGCCGAUUUCUGAAAAGAUUCGUGAGUUAACAGACAACUUCAAUGAUAGAGAGUGGUCUUUAUCUGUACAACAACUCAGUGAUGCUGACGUAAAGCUACUUGCAAAUGCGCUGAAAACAAAUACACACUGUAAAGUCUUAGAUUUACACCAGAACAAACUAACUUCCGUUGAAGCACAGUUCAUAGCUGACAUGUUAAAAGUGAACACAACAUUGACUUCACUGUGGCUCAGUUGUAAUCGACUCGGUGAUGAUGGAACUCGGACACUAUGUGAAGUGUUGAGACGUCAAAAUAAUAUGCUCGAGCACUUGAGUCUUAAUGGGAAUAGAAUAACAGACAAAAGUGUCGAUGCGAUAGUAGACAUGGCAAAAAAUGAAUUAAUAUGUGAAAUAUUUGAUUAUUUAACGGGUUUUAAUAUACUAUUAUCAUUUGUCGAUCUCAAUCAACGCUUUGAACAUUUGCUCCAUACUUAUCAUCGUUACCAUUUUAAUUUUAAAUUGGUGAAGAAAAGCAUAUUUGAUUUUGUUUGUCAUUUAAAUAUCGAUCCACAACAAUGUAUUUCACUGACAUUGUCCAACUUUUCUCAUACACCGUACUAUCAAACACCAAAACAAAUUCAAUUGUUUUUAAACAAUUAUUGUAAAAUAGAUCGGUUUCUAUUACUUCGAUCAUUAUCAUUAUAUUCAAUUGAUAGAGAUGAAUUAUAUCAAAUUUUAUCAGGAUUAAACAAUUGUUGUCAAUUAAAAUCAUUCACAAUUGAGGUAUUUCCAUUUGAUGAACAAAUAGCUUCAUUACUGAACAGAACCCUAUCAAAUAUACCGACAUUAAAAUAUUUAAAAUUAGUAUUUUCAAUAUUUCUCGACGAAGACAACAACAAUAAUAUUAGGUUUAUGCCAAUAACAGCCACUAAUAUUGAGUAUUUAUCGUUAAGUCAGUAUGAUAUCAAACAUCUACCACAACUACUUCAAAUGGUACCAAAACUGAAAUCAAUCAAGUAUCUAUCGCUGCAUGAUCGUAAUAACCAAAACUCCAUCUAG